AUGGCUUCCAGCCCACUGCCAGGGCCCAACGACAUCCUACUCGCAUCGCCUUCGAGCGCCUUCCAGCCCGACGCCCUGAGCCAGCCGCGGCCGGGCCACGCCAACCUCAAGCCCAACCAGGUGGGCCAGGUGAUCCUCUAUGGCAUCCCCAUCGUAUCCCUGGUGAUCGACGGGCAGGAGCGCCUGUGCCUGGCGCAGAUCUCCAACACCCUUCUCAAGAACUUCAGCUACAACGAGAUCCACAACCGCCGCGUGGCGCUGGGCAUCACGUGCGUGCAGUGCACGCCGGUGCAGCUGGAGAUCCUGCGGCGCGCCGGGGCCAUGCCCAUCUCGUCGCGGCGCUGCGGCAUGAUCACCAAGCGCGAGGCCGAGCGCCUGUGCAAGUCGUUCCUGGGCGAAAACCGGCCGCCCAAGCUGCCGGACAACUUCGCGUUCGACGUGUCGCACGAGUGCGCCUGGGGCUGCCGCGGCAGCUUCAUCCCCGCGCGCUACAACAGCUCGCGCGCCAAGUGCAUCAAGUGCAGCUACUGCAACAUGUACUUCUCGCCCAACAAGUUCAUCUUCCACUCGCACCGCACCCCCGACGCCAAGUACACGCAGCCCGACGCCGCCAACUUCAACUCCUGGCGCCGCCACCUCAAGCUCACGGACAAGAGCCCCCAGGACGAGCUGGUCUUCGCCUGGGAGGACGUCAAGGCUAUGUUCAACGGCGGCAGCCGCAAGCGCGCGCUGCCCCAGCCCAGCGCGCACCCGGCCUGCCACCCCCUGAGCUCCGUCAAGGCGGCCGCGGUGGCGGCGGCGGCCGCGGUGGCCGGCGGCGGGGGCCUGCUGGGCCCACACCUGCUGGGGGCGCCGCCCCCGCCCCCGCCGCCGCCGCCCUUGGCCGAGCUGGCGGGGGCGCCGCACGCCCAUCACAAGCGGCCCCGCUUCGACGACGACGAGGACUCCCUCCAGGAGGCAGCCGUGGUGGCCGCGGCCAGCCUCUCCGCGGCCGCCGCCGCCAGCCUCUCGGUGGCCGCGGCCACGGGCAGCGCCGGGCCGGGAGCCGGGGGCGCCGGGGGCGGCUGCGUGACGGCCGUGGGCGCCGGCGCGGGGGCCGGCUCGGCCGCAGGCGCCAAAGGCGCGCGCAGCUACCCGGUCAUCCCGGUGCCCAGCAAGGGUUCGUUCGGGGGCGUGCUGCAGAAGUUCCCGGGCUGCGGAGGCCUCUUCCCGCACCCCUACACCUUCCCGGCCGCCGCCGCCGCCUUCGGCCUGUGCCACAAGAAGGAGGACGCGGGCGCCGCGGCGGAGGCCCUGGGCGGAGCGGGCGCGGGGAGCGCGGGGGCGCCGCCCAAGGCCGGCCUGUCGGGCCUCUUCUGGCCCGCGGGCCGCAAGGACGCCUUCUACCCGCCCUUCUGCAUGUUCUGGCCGCCGCGGACCCCCGGCGGGCUGCCCGUGCCCACCUACCUCCAGCCCCCGCCGCAGCCGCCGUCGGCGCUCGGCUGCGCGCUGGGCGACAGCCCGGCCCUGCUGCGCCAGGCCUUCCUGGACCUGGCCGAGCCGGGCGGCGCGGGGGGCAGCGCCGAGGCCGCGCCCCCGCCGGGCCAGCCUCCGCCCGUCGUGGCUAACGGCCCCGGCUCGGCUCCCCCGGCGGCCGGGGGCGCGGGGGCACGCGACGCGCUCUUCGAGUCGCCCCCGGGCGGCAGCGGCGGGGACUGCAGCGCCGGCUCCACGCCCCCGGCCGAGGCGGGCGUGACGGCCGGAGCCGCGGCCGGGGCGUCCGGAGCCGGCCCCGCGGGCACCCGGGUGCCGGCGCCCCAUCACCCGCACCUCCUGGAGGGGCGCAAGGCGGGCGGCGCCGCCUACCACCAUUCUAGCGCCUUCCGGCCGGUGGGCGGCAAGGACGACGCGGAGAGCCUGGCCAAGCUGCACGGGGCGUCGGCCGGCGCGCCCCACCCGGCCCCGGCUCACCACCACCACCACCACCACCAUCACCACCCGCACCACCACCACCACCCUCCGCAGCCGCCGUCGCCGCUGCUGCUGCUGCAGCCGCAGCCCGAGGAGCCCGGGGCGGAGCGCCACCACGCAGCCCCGCCGCCCCCGCCGCCGCCGCCGCCCCCUCUGGCCCCGCAGCCGCCCCACCGAGGCCUUCUGUCCCCGGAGGGCACCAGCUGCAGCUACCCCAGCGAGGACAGCUCAGAGGACGAGGAGGACGAGGAGGAAGAGCAGGAGGUGGAUGUGGAGGGCCACAAGCCGCUCGAGGGCGAGGAAGAAGAGGACGGUCGGGAUCCCGAAGACGAGGAGGAGGAGGACGAGGAGGCCCGGGUCCUCCUCGGAGACUCCCUGGUCGGCGCUGGUCGGUUCCUCCAGGCCCGAGGGCUGUCGGAGAAGGCGAGCGGCCGGGACCGCACGACGCCAGCUGUGGGUGCUUUCCCUCUAGCGCUGAACUCCUCCAGGCUGCUACAGGAGGAUGGGAAGCUGGGGGACCCCGGGGGCUCGGACUUGCCGGCGCCCCCGCCCCCACCCUUGGCCCCCCAGAAAGCGAGCGGCGGUGGAGGCAGCAGGCCGGGCAGCCCUGUCCACCAUCCAUCAAUGGAGGAGGAGGCCUCAUACAAAGAUAAUCAGAAACCUAAGGAAAACAACCAAGUUAUUAUAUCUACAAAGGAUGACAACUUCUCAGAUAAGAACAAGGAACACAGCUUUUUCAUCACAGACUCUGAUUCUUCUGGAGACUUUUGGAGAGAAAGAUCAGGUGAACACAUACAAGAUACCAAUUCACCUCAUUCACUCAAAAAGGAUGUAGAAAAUAUGGGGAAAGAGGAACUUCAGAAGGUUUUAUUUGAGCAAAUAGAUUUACGAAGACGACUGGAACAAGAAUUCCAAGUGUUAAAAGGAAACACAUCCUUCCCGGUGUUCAAUAACUUUCAGGAUCAGAUGAAAAGGGAGCUGGCUUACCGAGAAGAAAUGGUGCAGCAGUUACAAAUCAUUCCCUAUGCAGCAAGCUUGAUCAGGAAAGAGAAGCUUGGCGCCCAUCUCAGCAAGAGCUAA